UCGACGCCCGGGAAGCGGACGUGAGAAGGGAGCCCAGUCAGGGAAAAGCAGAGGAAAACCCAGGAGAAAGCGCAGGGGAAUCCCCCUCGAUACCACAAGGACAUGCCUUGGCAAGGACCUCGACUGCUGUGGCUCAACUGCCGACGGAGCUGGCGAAGAUGUGGACAUGGCGGUGGAACUGGAGCUGGGAGCACAAGAAUCCCGCUCACGGUUGCCUGGAGUCGGUAUCAAAGGAUGCCAUAAAUCUGGAGUUUUUUGAACACCAGAGGGAGUAGUCCUUAUCGCUACUCCCUGCUAUUAUAUCUCUCAAUGAACCUAAAGAAUAUCAUAGCAACAUCAUAUCAAUCCAUAUCGAUCUAGACCCUAUGAUUAGGAAAUUGUUUUUGUUGUGGCAUUGUUUUGAACUUUCAAUGGAAAUUAAAUGUGAUUUUAUGUAAAUAAAAUAAAUUGUUUAUAAUUAAACAAAGGAGAUUUUAAAAUA